CCAGUUGUCAUAAGUAUAUAAGUGUGAGCGCAGGUGAGAGAUGCAGCAGUACCUGUCUGGAGGGCAGCCAUGUCGCGUCUCCUGUAUCUGUUGGCCUUCCUCACCCUUCUUGGUGUUGGGAGGAGUGAGUACGAGGCGACCUGGGCGUCGCUGGACACCCGGCCUCUGCCCGCCUGGUACGACGGAGCCAAGGUCGGCAUCUUCAUCCACUGGGGAGUCUUCUCCGUCCCCUCCUUCGGCUCCGAGUGGUUCUGGGAAAACUGGCAAGGAUCGCACAUCAAGAGCUAUGUGGAUUUUAUGGAGAAGAAUUACCGGCCAAACUUCACGUAUCCGGACUUCGCGCCGUUGUUCACGGCUGAGUUCUACAACCCCGAGCAGUGGGCGAGCGUCUUCAAUGCCUCUGGGGCCCGUUACGUGGUCCUCACCAGCAAACACCACGAAGGCUUCACCAACUGGCCCUCUCGCUACUCCUGGAACUGGAACAGCAUGGACGUCGGACCUAAGAGGGAUCUCCUGGGUGACCUCGCUAAAGCAAUUAGAUCCACUACCCCAGAUAUCCACUUCGGGCUCUACCACUCGAUGUUUGAGUGGUUCCACCCACUCUACCUCGACGACAAGGCCAAUAAAUACGCUACCAACAACUUCGUUGUCUCAAAGACCAUGCCGGAACUUUACGAACUGGUCAACACCUACCAUCCGGAGGUGAUAUGGUCGGAUGGGGACUGGGAAGCUCCUGACUGGUACUGGAACUCUACGGUGUUCCUGGCCUGGCUCUUCAACGACUCCCCAGUUAAGGACACCGUCGUUGCCAACGACAGAUGGGGCUCCGGAAUCCCUUGCCACCACGGGUCCUACUACACCUGCAGUGAUCGCUACAACCCAGGUGUGUUACAGCCGCACAAGUGGGAGAACUGCAUGACCCUGGACAAGGGCUCGUGGGGCUACCGUCGUGAAGCUGUUCUCAGUGACUACCUCACCAUCCAUGACCUCAUCACCACCCUGGCGGAGACUAUCAGUUGUGGAGGUAACCUACUGAUCAACGUGGGCCCGACGCACGACGGUCGCAUCCCGGCCAUUAUGGAGGAGCGACUCCGGCAGCUGGGCUCCUGGCUGGACAUUAACGGCGAGGCGGUGUACGACACCACACCCUGGCAACACCAGAACGACACCGUCACUCCUGGAGUGUGGUACACCAGCAAAGAUGACCUGGUUUACACCAUAGUGCUUAACUGGCCUGAGAAUGAUGAGCUGGUACUGGGCGCGUUGGUUCCUACCGCGUCCACCAACGUCACCAUGCUUGGCUACCCCAAAGACGCCCUCCAGAUGGGUUCGGUGCGGGCGUCGAAUAUCACAGUGUCGUUCCCGCCCAUGUCUGAUGUGUCGAGCCAGUGGGCGUGGGUUCUGGUCUGGUCAGGGGUCACCCCAGCCUAGGUCAGGGGUCACCCCCCGACCUUGGUCAGAAGUCACCCCAGCCUAGGUCAGGGGUCACCCCGACCUUGGUCAGGGGUCACCCCGGUCUAGGUUAUAGGUCACCCUGACCUUAGUCAGGGGUCACCCCGACCUUGGUCAGGGGUCACCCCGGUCUAGGUUAGAGGUCACCCUGACC